AUGUUGUCGACGCUUCCCUCCAGCAGCUCCCAUUUCUCCACCCCUUCCGGUCAGGGCGCGCCAAAGCAGGGCCAGGGCCAGGGCCAAGGCGCCGGCGACGGCAACGGCUUCAGCGCCGACCAGAUUGCCGCCCAGCGCAACCUCGCCUCGACCCUCAACGUCCUCACCUCUGGCCAGCACGACGCCGAUCCCAGCCUGAUCACACCGUACUCACAACUGCCAAAGUCCAUCUCGGGCCCCACCGUCUGGGACGCCGCCUCGUACCGGGGCCAAGAGAACAGCCACAAGUGGGUUCACACCUUCACGCCCACCGAAAUCGCCCAGCUCGAAACCGCAGCCCAGCUCUGGCUCCAGAGCGGCAGGGAGCUCGGAGAGAUCGAGCGCUCCACCUUUCCGCUGCCUGCCUCGCUCAUCGAGACGCUCACCGCACUGCGCGAGCGCCUGAUCCACGGCCACGGCUUCUACCUCUUCAAGGGCCUGCCGACCGAGCGCUGGGGCAACCGUCUCAGCGCCAUUGCCUAUCUCGGCCUGGGCAGCUACCUGGGCAACAUCGUCUCCCAGAACCGCCUCGGUCAUGUCCUGGGCCACGUCAAGGACCUCGGCGACGACCCCACGCAGAUCGACAAGGUCCGCAUCUACCGCACCAACGCCCGCCAGUUUUUCCACACUGACUCGAGCGGGGGUGCCGUCGGCCUGCUGUGCCUGCACAAGGCCCUCGAGGGGGGCGAGAGCGACAUUGCCUCGUCGCACGCCAUCUGGAACCAUCUGCAGGCCAAUCGGCCCGACGUCGCCGAGACGCUGGCCUCCAACAUCUGGCACUUUGACCGCAAGGGCGAGGUGUCGGAGGGGCAAAAGGGGUGGUACACCAAGCCCAUCUUUUCGCUCCGCAAGGGCGAGCCGGAUAACCGGCUGGUGCUCAACUACGACCCCUACUACCUCAAGUCCAUCGACCGCCACGUCGAGGCCGGUCUCAUCCCGCCACUGAGCGACAAGCAAAAGGAAGCCAUGGAGGUCCUCGAGCAGACGGCGCAGCUCCUCAGCCUUCACAUGAUCCUCGACGUCGGCGAUAUCCAAUUCGUCGCCGACACUCACGUCCUGCACGCCAGGACCGCCUACAAGGACUACCCCCCGCCCGCUCCGCGCAGGCACCUGUACCGCCUUUGGGUGGCCGUGCCCGUUGCCGACGGCGGCUGGAACAGCAUCUACCCGGACAACGAGCACCCUAGGCGUGGCGGCAUCCAGGUAGACCAGCAGAAGCCGUGCUACCCGCUGGACGGAGAAUGA